AUGGCCCAAUCAACGGCCGGGCCGCUGGCAUGGCAAAUGCACCCUCCACGCCUGCAAAAUGUCCCGUGGGCUGAAGAAUUCCCGGCACCUCGAACCAUGACGGGAGAACACGUUGUUGAGCGCCUGUCCCAGGCAUUCCGGGGAGGAGGGGCUGCCAUGCUAGGGAUUGACUUCCCAGCAGCUCGCAGCUGGCUCGAGGUACCGUACCAGGGGUCUACCGUGCAUUGGUGUGCAGCUGCCCAUUACAUCACAACCCAGAGUCUCUGCAUCAUUGGAAUUCGCGCCCGUCGUCACGGUCGACCGCAUGGCUUGGAGCUCUUCAGCGGUCGACAUAUGUAA